UGAAGAAACUGCACCUGUAGUUAUGCAGGGAGGAGAAAAUGCGAGUGUAAACAGCAUUACUAGCCCAGAAGAAUGCAUUCGUGGUAAUCAUAAUGCCCGAAGCUCUCAGGUCUUUUGGCAAGACAACGUUGAUCCUGAUAACAUGACUUAUGAGGAAUUGCUUGAUUUAGGUGAGGCAGUUGGAACCCAAAGUCGAGGUCUUUCUCAAGAACUUAUUUCAACACUUCCAAUAUCAAAGUACAAAUGUGGCUUCUUCAGAACAAAAGCGCGAAAUGAACGAUGUGUUAUUUGUCAGAUGGAAUAUAAAAGAGGGGAGCGGCAGAUCACUCUGCCAUGCAAACAUAUUUACCAUGCUGGCUGUGGCGCUAGAUGGCUUAGCAUCAAUAAGGCGUGCCCAGUGUGCUAUACUGAAGUAUUUGGUGAUGAAUCAAGGCACUAGGUCUCGUAUGGGCAGAAAGAGAGAGUAUGCCUUCUGUCCUGGCUUGUCCGCUUUUUGACCUAUGGUCUGUCACCUUGAGUUUGUUCCUCCCCCCCCCCCCCCCCACACCACCACAAAACUUCCAUACAUAGCUAGAAGAGGACACUUGUUACUCAUCUUUUCUACUAUUCUUUCCCCCACCCCCCUCUUAUUUGUUUUUCUUCUCCCCUUGCCCAGUUGCCCCUUUACUAUUGUUAGGUUUGAUAAAAUUGGUAGUAAUGAACAAUCCAGACUUGGUUUCUCCAAA